AAGCUUUGGUGCCAUCACGCGACGGUCCAACGGCGAACAUUGCAUGUUGGAGCUUCGCCAGAACCAGGUCGGCGACCUUCGCAGCGUCUGUUCGACAAGUCUCGAGACAUCGCGACCUGACGGAUCGAGUUAGGCGUGAUAGUCAUUGCCAAGACUUUGCAUUGUGUCCCGCAUCGACCACAAACUUUGUGCCUUUUCAGGACCUUACAAUCAUCGAACCACGUAUCUGAGGACACUGUUGCGAGGGGCUCUGCUCGAUCGGCCUCGAUAGAUGACGACAUCAUUGACGUGAAAGCAUCAAGCUCCACUACCACAGUGCUUUCCACUAACACUGACAAAACUGACCACCAGCCAACGCCAGGUCCCUUACACAGACACCAUAGCUUCCAAAACUGCCUCUCGCCGCCUCGCGCGCCUGCUCGACACCAUGUCGUCUACAGCACCCGACGCUUCUGCGCUUCCCAAAGCGCCAUGGAAGUCGCUGUUCAGUCAGCAUCUCUCCAAGAUGGAGUCACCCGAGUUCGUGCUAGGUACAGUCGCAGCUGCGCCCCAGGGCUCGACUGUACCGUACGUGCCCCGCGUCCGGUAUUGCAUAUUCCGUGGAUUCUGGACCGAGCUGCCAGAGAACAGGCAUAACGAUGCCGAACGCAACCCCAAAGCAUUCGAGAGCGAUUGCCCUACCUUCACUACUGAUGUAAGAAUGGAGAAAGUGGGUCAGCUGUUUGGUACAGGCGCCGGACACGCCGAAAAGGUUGAGCAGACGCAAGGGAGCGGCGGUGGUGGUCCCGUCGAAGCCGUCUACUGGGUGAAGGAGACUGGCACACAGUGGCGUAUCAAAGGCAAGGCAUACGUUGUUGGCAACGACAUCGAGGAGAACGAGGGCAGCAGCGGGGUCAGGACCGUAAAAAGCGAGGUCGGUAAGCGAAUGAGGGUCGUCGACCAGGAUAAGGAAAAGGACUGGAGCUGGUCUAGGGAGCUGACAGCUAGUUUUGGCAACCAGCCACCUGGCAUUAAAGGUUCAUUCAAGGCACCACCUCCAGGCCGUCCGACUACCGAAGCACACGAUGAGAAGAACCUUGAGUUAGGCGCAAAAGUAGACGACCUCCACGACGAGGUUGCGCGCAGGAACUUCCGCCUAGUCAUCAUCGUCCCAGAGUCGGUCGAGCAGACCGAUCUCAGCGAUCCAGCCAAGGCUCGUCGUUAUCUAUACACGUUCGACGAGAGCGCUCAGGCGAACGCGGGCUGGACAACGCAAGAAUUGUGGCCGUGAUAUUAUUCCACGAAGGACGUAGCAUUGACUGCCGUGAAGGCUGUUGAUCAAGGCGUCAUCGUAGCGGCACAGCACUGUGAAUACGGUUCUACGCCCCACCAAUAUAUCAUAUCAAAGCUUUGUGUGCCAAACAUACUCGAGUCUUGACUG